AUGUCUGAACAAAUCCCAAAAACUCAAAAGGCCGUUGUCUUUGACACCAAUGGUGGUAAAUUAGUCUACAAGGAUUACCCAGUUCCAACUCCAAAGGCCAAUGAAUUAUUGAUUCACGUCAAAUACUCCGGUGUCUGUCACACUGAUUUACACGCUUGGAAAGGUGAUUGGCCAUUGGCUACCAAAUUGCCAUUGGUUGGUGGUCACGAAGGUGCCGGUGUUGUUGUUGGUAUGGGUGAAAACGUCAAAGGAUGGAAAAUCGGUGACUUUGCCGGUAUUAAAUGGUUGAACGGUUCUUGUAUGAGCUGUGAAUUCUGUCAACAAGGUGCUGAACCAAACUGUGGUGAAGCUGACUUGUCUGGUUACACUCACGAUGGUUCCUUCCAACAAUACGCCACUGCUGAUGCCGUCCAAGCCGCUAAAAUUCCAGCUGGUACUGAUUUAGCCAACGUAGCACCAAUCUUAUGUGCUGGUGUCACUGUUUACAAAGCUUUAAAGACUGCUGACUUAGAAGCUGGUCAAUGGGUUGCUAUCUCUGGUGCUGGUGGUGGUUUAGGUUCUUUAGCCGUCCAAUACGCCAAGGCCAUGGGUUUAAGAGUUGUUGCUAUUGAUGGUGGUGAAGAAAAAGGUGAAUUUGUCAAAUCAUUAGGUGCUGAAGCUUACAUUGAUUUCACCAAAGAAAAAGAUAUUGUUGAAGCUGUUAAGAAGGCUACUCACGGUGGUCCACACGGUGCUAUCAAUGUCUCCGUUUCUGAAAAAGCUAUUGACCAAUCUGUUGAAUACGUUAGACCAUUAGGUAAAGUUGUUUUGGUUGGUUUGCCAGCUCACGCUAAGGUUUCUGCUCCAGUUUUCGAUGCUGUUGUCAAAUCUAUUGAAAUCAAAGGUUCUUACGUCGGUAACAGAAAAGACACUGCUGAAGCCGUUGACUUCUUCUCAAGAGGUUUAAUUAAAUGUCCAAUCAAGAUUGUUGGUUUAUCUGACUUACCAGAAGUCUUCAGAUUAAUGGAAGAAGGUAAGAUCUUGGGUAGAUACGUUUUGGACACUAACAAAUAA